GUUCUUUCGGUGGUUCCGGCUCUUUCGGUGGUUCUUUCGGUGGCUCGGGCUCUUUUGGUGGUUCAGGUUCUUUCGGUGGCUCGGGCUCUUUUGGUGGUUCGGGUUCUUUCGGUUCGGGUUCUUUUGGUUCGGGCUCUUUUGGUUCAGGCUCUUUCGGUGGUUCGGGUUCUUUUGGUGGUUCAGGUUCUUUCGGUGGUUCCGGCUCUUUCGGUGGUUCUUUCGGUGGCUCGGGCUCUUUUGGUUCAGGCUCUUUCGGUUCGGGUUCUUUUGGUUCGGGCUCUUUCGGUUCAGGUUCUUUUGGUUCGGGCUCUUUCGGUUCGGGUUCUUUUGGUUCAGGCUCUUUCGGUUGAGGCUCAGGAUCUUUUGGUUCUUGUCGUUUUCGAAGAAUGCUGA